CAUGUCAUCACCCCACCACCGCGUCCCAUCCAAACCGCCAUUCACGUACCGACUCUUCGACUCAAACGCCUCUCCCCGGACGCCUCCCACCAAACGCCCGGUCAAAUGUCGGCGCCACGAUGGCCGGCCAGAGGACAUUCACGCUGAUCCCCCAGCACCCGGGCCGGAAUGAAUCGCCCGAGCACCAGCCGCCCGCGGCGCGGAUGACGUCCAGGCAGGUCCAGAAGGCCUACAAGGCGGCCAACCGCGCCCCGCGCAUGUCCCGCGCCGAGCGCAUCAAGCAGGAAAAGGCCGAGCAGGAGCGUAUCCGCAAGGAGUUUGAGAAGGAAAAGGCGUCGGCCAAGGCCCGCGCCGCCCGCGAGAAGAAGAAGGGAAAGGAGCUGGCUGAGCGGGAGGAGAAGCGCAAGAAGGGCCUGCCGACUGUCAGUGUGCGGCCGAGCCAGGACACCAUUGCUUGGUUUGUGCGUGGGAAUGGAACUGCGAAGAAGAGAGAUUCCGAGGGGCGGGGAGUUGGUGCGAGCGAGACCCCUGAGCCAGUUACUCCUUGUCCGGCGAGGGGACUGAAGCUUGGGAAUAUAGUGGAAGAGGAGGAGGAGGAAGAAAAAGAUGAAGCAGAGGAAGCUGCAGAACCUAAAAUACCAGAUGCAAAUACGGAAGUGGAAGCAGAGGCAGAAGUUGAGGUGGAAACAGACGCAAAGGGAGAAGCGGAAGUAGAAGCACCGGAACAAGCCAUGGAUGAUCUGGAUAACCUGGACGACCUGAACGACCUGGGAGACCUGGAUGAGGACUUUGAAGAGGAUCUGGCCCUGGAGCUGCUACACGACGUGGAGGCAAGCGUCAAGAAGGAACCAAUCAAGAAACCCGAACAGAACGGUCAACAAGACUCUCCCGCCCUUCAAAGAACCACCACCCCAACCAUGAUACGAGACCCAAACCCCACGACCCGAUACGAACAAGACCUUGGUCUCCAGAGACAACCCCGAACAGAAACCCCAAGACCAAAACCACCGCUCGCCGAACCAGUCCAUCACCGGCCAUCACCCUCACCUUCGCCUCCCCGCCAAGAACCCCCCAUGAGCACACAAGCCAUCCUCUUCAACUUCGAUGACUUCUUCCCCUCGUCGUCCCAGCAAGCCCGCGAGCUCGAAGAAGAAAUCGCCACGCAGCAAGAGUCCACCGCCCGCGACGCAGCGCAGACCAAACCUGAGCAACUCCAGCCGCCGCCCGAGCCGUCACUCCCGGAACCCAUCGUGGACUCCCCGUCGCCUCCGCCGCGCCGCUUCUUCACCUCGUCCGGCUCCCACGAGCUCAUGUCCCUCGCUCUGCACCGCAGCCGUCGCACCGCCGCCCUCGAGCAGAUCCAACGCGAGCGCAUCCAGGCAGGCAUAGCGGUUCGCCAAGCUGAAGCUCGCGCGAGACGCGAUAAGGCGAUAGCCGCAGAGUUGAGGGCUGCAGAAUUGAGGGCCUGUGCGGCGAGGGUCGCAGCAAUGUCAGGCACCAGAUUGGUGUCUAAACCACCGGCUUAUAAGCCGCAAAAGGUCAUAGAGCGCAAACCACAAAUGAAGCCUCCAGUUGAAGGCAACAAGGAGAACAUGAAGCCACCUCAACCUCCAGUCGAAGGCAACAAAGAGAACAUCAGACCGCUUCAACCUCUAGUCGAGGGCAACAAGGAGAACGUGAGACCGCUUCAACCUCCACCGGGCGAGCCACAGGCCCCAAGCGCCUCCCAAGAGACAGAGUACGGAGGGGACUGGGUAGACGAGCUCGCGCUGGAGCUGAUGAUUUGAUACGAUAGAACGGGGGCACGACUCUAUUUUACUUUUACUUGCAUGGGAUCGGGGCACGGCACGGCAUUACACAGAGCAUAGCGCGACAGACAUCAUCUUGGAGUUUUACAGUAGCAGCCUCGCGGAACUGCAAUUUAUGGAUAUGGGGGAUACAUCGGGGCAGCGUUGUCACAGCCGGGUCGUCGCUUUUGACGCCGGCGUUGGGCAUUGUGCGCAAGCUGGGUUGGUGCUUGAUGGCGACAUGUUUUACGAAUACAUUGAAUACACUGCAAUGAAUAAAUGG